AUGACGAAUUUCCGUGCUGAGUGGACCGCUCUUCCUAGAUGUUCUACUAUCAAACAAGCCCGGGAUGUCCCUCCUCCCAACUUGCUAGCAUUGCUCCUCGGAGUGGGGGCUUUCAUUUCUCCCUCUCAAGUUGGCCAUGACUAUGAGCCACCUGAGAAGAAGAACCCACCACCAACACCCACCUACAAGCCUCCACCAUUCAAAAAACCACCCCCAGUUGAAAAGCCAAAGCCACCUCCUACCCGCAUUUACAAGCCACCUCUAGUAGAAAAGCCAAAGCCACCUCCCACCCCAGUUUACAAACCCCCUCCAGUCGAAAAGCCAAAGCCACCACUCACUCCAGUAUACAAGUCCCCUACGGUGGAAAAGCCAAAGCCACUGCCCACUCUAGUUUAUAAGCCCCCUCCUAUCGAAAAGCCAAAGCCACCCCCCAUGCCAGUAUACAAGCCUCCUCCCAUUGAAAAACCAAAACCACCUCCCACCCCAAUUUACAAGCCUCCUCCAGUUGAAAAGCCAAAGCCACCACCGACUCUAGUUUACAAGGCCCCUCCAGUUGAAACGCAAAAGCCACCACCGACUCCCGUUUACAAGGCCUCUCCAGUUAAAAAGCCAAAGCCACCCCCAACUCCAAUAGAGAAGCCACCAAGCCCAUACCAUAAGCCACCUUAUUACAAGCCUCCACCGUAUAACCAUCCUCACUAA